AGCCCUCAUCGUAGCUCCACGAUUGGACACUUUCCCUCGUACUCCCCCCCCCUUCCUUAUCACCGCUCCCACAGUACUUUACGAGCCACUAUCCGUCUCUACGAAAGAACGAAGAUGCUGCGACGUAGCUUGAGGAGCUUUCGACCGGUCAUCGUGACCGCCACCGAAGCGCUGAAAGACGCUUCCGACGGCGUGACCAUUGCUCUGGGCGGCUUCGGCCUUUGCGGACUGGCCUUUGAGCUGCUCGGCGAACUCAACAGGAAGGGAACGAAAAACCUUACGUUGAUUGCGGGCACGACAGCAGGCCCCGAGGACGGCACUGGGCCACUGGCGCGCGACAAACAAAUCGGCAAGAUCAUUACCAGCUACGUGGGUGAGAACAAAGUGGUGCUGGACCACCUCCUCCAAGGAGACUUCGAGGUGGAGUUCUGCCCGCUGGGCUCGCUGACGGACCGUCUGCGUGCGGCUGGUGCUGGCGUGCCAGCCUUCUACACCCCGACCGGCUACGGAACUGCGGUAGCGGAGGGGCGACUCCCCACCCGUUUCAUCCCCGGGAAGACGAUGCACGCUGCCGCCUUCAGUCAGCCGCGCGAGACGCGCAACAUCAACGGGAAGUGGUGCACGCUGGAGAUGGCGCUGCCGGCUGACUACGGCUUCGUGCGUGCCUGGAAGGCGGACAAGCGCGGCAACCUUGUGUUCCGCGGCACGACGCAGAACUUUAACCUCAUUUGUGCGAAGGCGUCGAAGGUGUGCAUUGCCGAGGUGGAGGAGAUCGUGGAGUGCGGAGAGAUUGACCCGAGGGAGGUGCACCUGCCUGGCGUGUACGUGCACCGCCUCGUGAAGCCGGAGAAACUAAAGCGUGCGGCGGAGUUCGUCGUCACACGCAGCUCGGAUGGAAACGGCGCGAUUGCAGGUGGUAAGAAGUUGGAUGUCGUGAGUCGCCAGCGCAUCGCCCGCCGUGCCGCACUGGAGCUGAAGGAUGGCAUGAAUGUCAAUUUAGGCGUGGGUUUGCCAAACUUGGUGGCCAGUUACAUCCCUAAAGGUAUGGACGUCGUGUUGCAGGCGGAGAAUGGCCUGCUGGGUAUUGGACCUCAUCCGCUGCCGGAGGAGGUGGACCCAGAUAUCACGAACGCGGGUAAGCAGACGAUUACGAUGAUAAAAGACGGAGCGUCCUUAUUCGACUGCGCGGAGUCGUUUGCAAUGAUUCGCGGUGGCCACAUGGACCUCACGAUGCUGGGUGCGCUGGAGGUGUCUGCGAACGGCGACAUUGCCAGCUGGUACCUACCGGGAAAGUUUCUGCGUGGUAUGGGUGGUGCGAUGGACCUGGUCUCGAGUGGCUGCGGAACCAUUGCACUGAUGAAGCACACGGACAAUGAUGGUCGCUCGCGUGUACUGCAGGAAUGCAGGUCUGCGCUUACCGGCCGCGGCUGCGUCGAUAUGGUCAUCACCGAUCUUGCGGUGUUUGCUGUGAAGAAGGGCACCAGCGGCGUGAACUCUCUUGUCUUGACGGAGCUGGCGGAAGGCGUCACGCUGGAGGAGGUCAAGGCGAAGACGGAGGCCUCUUUCCACGUGUCGCCGGACCUGAAGACGAUGCCGCUGGCGCCGGCGUUGAGCGGACGUUGA